AUGGAAGCCUUGCUUUCCAGUGAGCUCUCGGCCGACACUCUGGCAGCGCUGAAGGCACAUAUCCAAGCGCACCUGACGCAAAACGAUACAUCAGUAACCGAAAACUUUCGUCUUUCGCAGUUCUGGUAUGACGACCAGACUGGCCGCGCGCUAGCACAAGAAGCAAUUGACCAAAGUAAAGCAAAGCGCAUCGCUUUUGUGAGUGCGCCGGCUGCGUAUCGUGAUUUUCUUAAAAUUCAAAACGAAAGCGAUUCGCCCAUUAUCAGUGACAAUGUGUUUUUAUUCGAGUAUGAUCGCCGCUUUGACGCAAAGUACAACGGACAUUUUGUAUUUUACGAUUAUAAUGAUCCCACAAACCUUCCAGACAAAUUUCAUCACUUCUUUGAUUACAUUCUGAUGGACCCUCCCUAUUUGACUGUCAGCUGUAUGAGCAAGUAUGCUGAGACCAUGCGCUGGCUGGCAAAUGAUGUCAUUAGCGGUCCGGGGUGCAAGGAAAAAAUUCUCAGUCCAUGUACCUUCAUCACUGCGCGCAUGCUUCGCAAGCAGAUUUAUACUGAACUUGGUUUCACACCGUCAGGCUUUGUACCGACAUUUGAGUCAAAGCUUUCGAACCCAUUUUUGACGUACACCAAUUACCACUCUGAGCGCUUUGGCAAAAUUGCUGAGGUGUUUGACGACUCAGAUACGGAGUAG